UUAUUAUACUCUUUUUAUCAUGGAUGAUUCUAAUUGCUACGUCGCUAAUUAUGUGCUAGAGUCUGUUUUGAAAGACUUGUCGUUUCUUAAAGACAAUAAUUUUCUGGCUCAGAAAACAUAUAAUGAAGUGGUUGGUCUAUUACCUUCUCGUAUUCAGCAGCAGCAGCAACAACAACAGCAACAGCAACAACAGCAACAGCAACAGAUUAUGACUGACAAGCCGCCUUUGCCCACUCGCAAAUCAGCAAUUUCGGCACAUAGUACUACACCACCUGUUCCUCAGCCUCGUGAGUUUCCAAAACUGCCAGUUAGACGUACACCCGAGUGGCAAACGGCACAACAGCCUCAACCACACAUACCCUCACCUAAAGGUAUUCUACAUUCAGAACCUGAAAGAACAACACCACCUCCACCCGCUUAUACUCAAAAGCCAAGCAAUGAUCCUCUACCAUUGGCUACUGCUGAGGCUCUCUAUGAUUAUGAUGGAGAAGAUCCUACUACUGACUUAUCAUUUAAGCAAGGUGAUGUUAUAGAAGUCACUGAAUAUGUGAAUGAUGAUUGGUGGAAGGGUACAGUGAACGGAAAGUCGGGUAUCUUUCCUCAAAACCAUGUUAAGAAAAUAGCACCUCCUGUUAAAGCAAAACGUCCUUGGGUCCCACCUACAUCAUCUAAACCUUCAUUCUCUAUACCUAAUACCCAAUCAUCAUACACCAACAGCAUCGUUAGCAGCAAUAAUAAUCAUAACAAUAAUGCACCUUAUAGCUAUCCUCCUCCUCCUCAGGCUAUGUAUGCGCCUCCACCCACCCAAGUACCAGUACAGCAGAACUAUGGUCAACCCUCAACUGUUAUUAUCAAUAAUGUCGGGAACAAUCCGGAAGAAGACCAUAAUGGUGGAGACAAGAAAGUGGCUAAUAUGGCAAAGAAAUUUGGUGGUAACAUUGCUACAGCUGCUACAUGGGGUUUUGGUGCAACACUUGGAAGCCAAGCUGCAAAUGCUAUUUUUUAGAUUCAAUAAAAAUGCCUUUCCUUCUUUGUUCACAAUGAGAGAAUUGAAUAUCAGAUAAACA